AUGCGAUGCAUCGUUCACUUAGACAUGGACUGCUUCUACGCCCAGGUGGAGGCGGUGCGGCUUGGCAUUGACUGCCGCACGGAGCCCUACAUUCUUUCGCAGUGGGGAAACUUAAUUGCUGUCAAUUACCCGGCGCGAAACUGCGGCAUCGCGCGCUUCGAUACCGUGGAAGAGGCUCGGGAGAAGUGCCCCCAGGUCAAGGUCUCCCACGUCGCCACCUACGCGCUGGGGGACACGGAGUACAGGUACCACGAGAAUCCGCAACGCGGGACACACAAAGUCGCCUUGGAGCCCUACAGGGAGGCCAGCCGCAGGAUCUUCGACAUCCUGCGCAGCUUUGAGGGGGUGGCGGUGGAAAAGGGAAGCGUGGAUGAGGCCUACCUGGACGUGACGGCGGCGGCCCGGCGGGAGCUGGCCUCAUCCACGCUUCCCUUUUCCACCGCCACCCCCUCCGCGUUGGAGGACGUCCUGCACCCCGCGACGAACGUCCUCCCCGACCGGCAGGCGGCGGUGGACGCAUGGCUGCGUGCGAGGGGAAAGGAACUCCACGACGUGUUUGACGCCGCUCUGCACCCACCGGCCACCGUGGAGCAUCAACUGCUGCUUGGCGCGGCGUCGCGCGUCGUGUGGAACAUGCGGCAGCGAAUAUAUCAAGAGCUUCACUACGAGUCCUCCGCCGGCAUCGCACACAACAAAAUCCUCGCCAAAAGCAUCUCGUCACGGCACAAGCCAAACCAGCAAACCUUGCUUCUUCCAGACCGCGUUGCCUCUGCGAUGUGGGACACCCCUUGCAGCGGCAUUCGUGGUUUUGGUGGAAAGUUUGGAGAAGCCGUUUGCCGUGCCUGUGGCGGCGCAGAGUUGUGCCGCGACGCAUGGCUGAUUCCAUUGCAAACCCUACAGACUGAACUCGGCGAGGACGAGGGCGCGUACGCCUUCCAGCGGCUGCGCUGCCACGGCAAGGAGGCAAUACGAGCACAGUCGGUUGCAAAGACGCUGAUGGCGUCGAAGUCCUUCACGCCCCCCACGUCCACCGCGGCGGGGUUGCGAAAGUGGGUGACCGUGCUUGCAAGCGAGCUCUGCACGAGGUACAAGGAAUUCUGUGCGACGAACACCGUCGCGGGCCACACGUUCAACGUGAAGCUCGGGAACCGCGGCCUCAGCCAGCUCGGCGGAGUGGCGAGCAAAACGCUGGCCCUGCCGGAGCCGGUGACGACGGAGACGCUGAUUACCGCCGCAAUGGAAGUUGUGGCGGCGACGCUGCUCAGCCACCCUGGCACCGCCAUGAACGCUGUGACGCUCACCAUUGGCUCCUUCAAGCGGAGCUCCGCGGGGGAAGGAAAGGGGCGUGGGCGGCAGACGAUGCUGACAAAGUUUUUGUCCCGCACAGGUACUGAGAAGCGUCGGCGAAGCGAUUGUGACGAGGCGACUGUGAUAACGCUUUCUUCUGCCUCUUCCUCCUCUUCCUCCUCCUCAGCGGUUUUCGUGGGGACGGAGGGCUGCUGCCAGGAGGUGAUUAUCAUUGACUGA